GAACUUGAUACCCUUUUACACCUUUGCCAUACCCAUCGUCCAUCUCCUACUACAAGACACACAUACACUCAACCUCAAGUACCCAAAACAUCCCUCACAAUGGCCCCAGGCGCUCUCUUAGAAACGCCCACCACACCCCACACCCGCGAUGGCCACGCCCUAGAGGAAACCAGCGACCUAAUCGACGCCGUCAACGUCCUCAAAGCAUCUCUAAAAGCCCAAUCCACCUCCACCCCUCCCCAAACAGAAGUCCCACAACAAGAACCCGAACAAGACAUUUACACAGCCUCAAAAUUCGAUUCGCAAAAAGAGAAAUCCAAUUUCCGGCAAUACGAAACAGCCUGCGACCGCGUGCGCAACUUCUACACGGAACAACACACCAAGCAAACCUACGCCUACAACCUGGCAGCGCGCGCUUCUUUUCACAGCUCCACGCGCGCGGAAAUGACGGUAUGGGAAGCAAUGGAGAAGCUGAACACGCUGAUCGAUGAAUCGGACCCGGACACGUCGCUCUCGCAGAUCGAGCACUUGCUCCAAAGCGCCGAAGCUAUCCGACGCGAUGGGAAACCGCGGUGGAUGCAGCUCGUAGGGUUGAUCCACGAUCUGGGCAAACUCUUGUUUUUCUACGGCGCAGAGGGCCAGUGGGAUGUUGUGGGUGAUACGUUCCCUGUUGGCUGCGCAUUCUCUUCCAAGAUUAUCUACCCGGAGACUUUUACUGCGAAUCCGGAUUCGAGGCAUGAGGUUUAUGGAACCGAGAAGGGGGUUUAUGAGGAAGGGUGUGGCUUGGAUAAUGUGAUGCUGAGUUGGGGCCAUGACGAGUAUUUGUAUCUGGUUAUGAAGGGGCAGAGUCGCAUUCCUGAAGAAGGGUUGGCGAUGAUUAGGUAUCAUAGCUUCUAUCCGUGGCAUUCGGCGGGUGCGUAUCGUUGGAUGAUGGAUGAGAAGGACGGGCGCAUGUUGGAGGCUGUGAAAGCUUUCAAUCCGUAUGAUCUCUACAGCAAGAGCGAUGAGGUGCCUAGGGUGGAAGAUUUGAAGGACUACUACAUGGAUAUCAUCGAAGAGUUCAUUGGUAAAGACAAGAAGCUGAAGUGGUGA